GGUGGCCGACGGGAAAUGUAGUCUAUCGCGGCUUUGGCGCGGUCUCCUGGGGCAACUGCACACUGGGGCUUGUAUUUUGAGGCCGAAGCCUGGCGGGAAGAAGCCAACGCAGGUACUCAGGUGUCCUCACAGCGAUCAACUGUGUCGACCGGGCUGCGGGAAAAGGAGCGGCAUUCCCACACCCGAGUUUUCUCACCUGGAGCUUGAUCCCGUAGGGCUUGCUAACAAAAGCUAGGAAACUGAGUGUUGGCAGUGUGUACUGCUUAGUGCCUUUACUUUUUGUGCUUUGUUAGUCGAUUGAGACUGUAUCUUAGGGAGCCUAGGCUGGCCUAGAGCGCUUUGUGCAGUACAGGUUGGCCAUCAACUCCUGCUCUUCCUGCAGCAAUACCCAAGUGCUGAUAUUGCGGUCACGCACCCCCACGCUCGUGUAUGGCCUGGAGAAGAAGUCAGGAAGGGGGAUCCUCAGUCCACCUUCCCCCUCGGGGCAUCUGCACACCACGGAGAAAGGGGGAAGCAGAGCCUGAGACUGGUGGGAUCUGGUCUGACGGGGAGUGAGUGCUGAGUACCUGGGGGCUGAAGAAGAGAAAGCCGCCUUCAGAGCCUUAGGCAGGGCUCUUGUAGGCAAAGGCCUCCCCCAUGGUGAUGCUCAGUGAAGCAGCGCUCUGAGACAAUCCUUGUUUGUUCAUAUUGCUUUACUGGGGGUGAACGUGAGCGCAUGUACUUUAUUCAGAAUGGCUUCCACAAGAAGGCCCUUUGGCCCUCCACAUAGUGCUUUUGACUUCAGGGAUAUGUUCUUAGACAGCUCGAGGAUGGAAGAGAUCAGAAACUUACAAGCCCGAAGUCUUGGCCAAGUGGCUCCUGGGCAGAGCAGAAUCCUAAAGAGAAACCAGUCGAUGGACGAGAAAUAUUUGAUGCCCAAAGAGGAGGCCAUGGCAGGGAGGGGGGCGAGGCUGGGCUUGAGGCCUCCCCCCACCUCUUCCAAGACCAGAGCCAGUGAGGCCCUUAGGAAACUGGCCCAGAUUGAAACCAAGAUCCGGAAUCGGAAGCAGGUGCCCGAGGCUUGGUCUGACAUGGAGUCUGAUUCCACAUCCAGCGAGCAGAGUCCUCCUAAGAGGACAGAUGCAACUUCUGUGUCUUCCCAGUAUCCACGCAGAACUUUCCAGAAACAAGUGUGUGAAACGUCUGUGGCAAAGAGUGAUGGGCAGAGUGGAAACGGUAGCAGGUUCCUGAAGAAGAAGGCGCUGCCCACUGAAGCUAGGUCCCUGGGGCCGGCAGUGGGGACAGGGAAGCAAGUUCCGCUGCCCACACAGAAAGAACCUGCCAGAAAGUGUGAUGCCCCUGACAGUGACGAGGAGGAAAUGAAAGUAUUGCUUGGAAGCUUGAUGGAAUCUUCUAGAGAAAAAGAAACAAAUAGAAACCCGGAGCUCCCUGGCACCAGAGUCAGCAGGAGCGACCUUGGAAAGGUGUUCUUGGAUCCGACUCCAGAUCAGCCGAGAAUCCUGUCUCUGCUCAGUGUGGACCAGUCCAGUUUAAAGUCUUCUCAGCCCAUACAGUCUACUAGUGUUGGCUUGAGAACUCAAAUCCUACAAACAAGCAAUGCUGGGGACACAGCCUCUGUCACAGCCUCACCUUCCAUCCUUGAUGACAUCUCCAAAUCAACAUCUUCAAAGAUGGGGUUCAUCAGGCUGGCUCCCUCCCCCAGCAGGUCGGAGGUGGAGUCUUCUGAGGAGCCAGUCUCAGAAGCUACUGCUGACAGCCUCCAUGACUUUAGAAUUAACAUUUUAUCCAUUGAUGAUCUGGUUCUGGCUGACGGAGACAAAUCAGCUGGGGAACAGAGAGAGGAAGAUUCUGUAAGGGAAGGGAUUUCAGUCAGAAGCUCCCCACCCACAUCACCUACUCCACGGGAAGCGCAGAGGGCUACGUGGCCCAAGAAUUCUGUGUUUCAAGGUGCAACUACUGUGGUUGAGGAUGAAGAGGAUCUUAGCACUGAAAGAGAGGUCUCUGAGCACCCGAGUGCCAGCUCGGCAGCAGCUGUCCAGUCUCACAGUAUGUCCAGUGCACACUCCAUGGGGACACCCACUGCACUCACUGCAAGCCCAACUUACUCGGAGGAUUUUGAGCAGUUCUCUGGUCCCUUGGCCUUGGAGGAGUCGCUUGACAGGACGCUGGACACUUUGUCAAAGUUUUCUUCCAGUGGACAGACCGAUAUCAUUGCCAGACAGCCUCUGUCAAGGACAGAAUGGGGCAGAGGUGUGACCAGAGUCGUUAAGGAGACAGCUGUGCAGACACUUGACCCUGCCUUUUCCUACCAGUGGAGCAAGGCUGGUGGCAUAGCAGCCAUUGGACCUGCCCUCGGAGGUGCUUAUGUGGACCCAGCACCCAUCGCCAGUCACAUUGUCAGCGCAGACGCCAUAGAAGCCCUGACAGCCUACAGCCCUGCAGUACUGGUGUUGAAUGACAUGCUGAAGCAGCAACUGAACCUGACGCAGCAGUUCAUCGAGGCCAGCCACCAACUGCACGGCGCCCUCCUGCAGUCCUUGGAUGGGGACUCAUUUCACUAUCACACCUUGGAGGAAGCAAAGGAGUACAUCAGGCGCCACAGGCCUGCACCCCUGACCAUGGAGGCUGCCUUGCAGGAAGUAAGGGAGGAGCUCCAAAUCCCGGCAGGUGAGGCUUGCCUGGGCACCUGUCCACCUCGGAAUCAAUGACAUCCAUAUGGAGGCAAGGUUGGGGCUCUGCCUGCUCAAUAACAACCAUAUAUGGACUCUAAGCUCCCAUCUGCCCAGCUGGCUGCUCUGAGGCCACAGCAUGAGAAUAGCUGAGAACCCACCACAGGACACAGUGGUGUGGGGUGGGGCCAUGAGCCAGUGCAACAGACAGCAUGUGCCAGGUAUUCCAAUCAUCCAAGAUGGGAACCAUCUUGAUGCCUCAUGGGAACACUCCAUGACAGGUACUGAGACAGGUCUUCUGAGCCUGGUGCCUGGCACAGCCUGCACCUACCCAGAGCAGUCUGCACAGUACCCUUGUGUACCUCUCACCAACAGCUAGAAGAAAUCUUUUACAAAAGGCUUUAUUGGAAGGCAAAACAGUAAAAUCCACAAUUGUUAACAGCA